CCUUACGAUAGAACAAGAAACUGCACAGCAAACCCCCAGUUCAUCCCGACGACACAAACGAACAUCGCCCAACCAGAAAAUCAGGAGCCAAAAAACUACUUCCCUCAAAAUAUACGGUCAAAAAAAGUAUAUGGCCACCGAAGAAAUGUCCCUCCAUGCCGCUGCGGCCUCGACCUCGACCAGCAGCAUAGAGAUCCUCCUGACGGACCAGCACAUGAUGCAGUACACCAUGGGUCUUAGUGAUCCGCACGACGUACCCGCAAAAGAUCUUUACGAGAAACUUUCCUUCCUCAAGCAGCAACAGCAGCAAAGGAAAAUGAACAUCAAGCCAGCCCAUUCGCUCGAGGAAUCUCAUCACAACAGCCUCCAUCGUCAGCACCAGCACCAGCACCAUCAUUGCGAUCUAUCCAUCGAUACCUCCAACACCGUGACCUCCAAGUGCAGCUCACAAGAUACACUCAUGGAAAUCCUUCAACAGAUCGAUCACCGUCAUCUGCAGAAGGAUCUCGAGAAGGAAAAUGAACUCGAGCUCGAGGAGGCCGCCACCUUGAGACGCCAUCGUCGCUACAAGUUGAACCCGGACCUACUCAAGGAUCAUCCCUUUACCCUGAAGCAGAACCACGGCCUCGCCAACCUACGCCAUAGCUGAGAGGAAUAGGCAGCUUGAACCGCCAUUUUUUUUUCAUUUCGUCUCCUUCGAAUAGGAGAUGCUAGCCUGCGCCCUGGAGCAAGUGACUAAGAUAGCUAUCAACACCCGACAUAUGAAUCGUUUUCAACUCUUCCUCGCCCUCGAUAUCCAAUUGCAUCCACCACAUCCAAUCCAAAGGAAAUGGACCCUCUGCCUUGUCAACAGGGUGACUCGCCCCAGCACCAUCAGCGACACUACUAAACGGAUGAUGAACAUGAACAUAUGGGCCUACGAUACCUUCCCGUACGUAACUUUCCAACGCUACACAAAUUCAAGAGAUGCUCCUGUUCAAUAUGGACCAUAGAUCAUCACUACCCCUCAGCUUAUGAGCACGUCAACAAAAUAAAAUUUUUGUCCGAGGAUAUUGCAAAG